AUGACGUUCAACAACUUGACGCUAUACUCCACAUCGGCGGUGCUCAUCUUGGACACCGAUGGCAACCGAGUGAUUGCCAAGUACUACCAGCCUCCUCACGCUGCCAGCUUUCUUUCGACAGCUACACCCGCACAGCAGAACGCAGUGGCUAGCACAACGCCGCAACUGUCUGCCAAGAAUCCACUCUCGACACUCAAGGACCAGCGUGCGUUCGAGAAGGCCAUCUUUGACAAGACCAAGCGCGCGACGGGCGACAUCAUCCUCUACGAUUCGCAUCUGGUGCUGUUCAAGGCUUCGCUCGACGUCAUCUUCUAUGUCGUCGGACCCGCGGCGGAGAAUGAGCUGAUGCUUUCGGGACUGCUCAGUGCCUUCUACGAUGCGACGAGCAUGUUGGUGAGGCACCAGGUGGAGAAGCGUGCUAUCCUGGAAAACUUGGAUCUGGUGACGCUGGCGCUGGACGAGACGGUGGAUGACGGCAUCAUCCUCGAGACGGACAGCACGACCAUUGCAUCGCGCGUAUCUCGACCUCGACCGGACGUCAAUGAGAUUCAGAUCAACGAACAAACCAUCAUGAGCGCCUACUCGAGUCUUAAGGAACGUGUCGCACAGAGGAUCCUGCAAGGAGGACUCUGA